AUGGUUGCAUACUACGAGAUCUUCGGCCAGAAAGUCGGCUCCCACAUUCUCUCUAUCGGCGUCCUUUCCACCAUGUUCGUCGGCACAUGGGCCAUGGCUGGCGGCAAGAAGUCGCCUGCGUCAAACACCCCUCCAAUCAACGCCUCCAGCAAGGACGAAGAGAACUUCAUACAACAAUUCCUGAAGGAGGCGGAAAAGGACGAGAAGAAGCACUGA